AUGGCGCCUCUUGAAGAAGUUGACCACACGGUCAUCUAUCACGACGAUGUCGCCCAGGCGAACAAGAUUGGUGUUGCCGUCGAAGAAGUUGCGGCAACUCGCAUCUCGGAGGCUGACAUGAUGCGCAAGUCGGCUGAAGCCCUGACGCUGAAGUCCAAGACUGGCCUAUAUAUUUUCGGCUACAUGCUCGUGAUGGGCUUCAACCAAGCGGGUUACGGUAUCGAUUGGGGCGUCAUCAGUGGCAUCAACUCCAAUGACCGUUGGCACGACUACUACGGCUUCCCCAACGCCGGCGUCAUCAUCUCCACGAUCAACGCCCUGAUGCAAAUCGGUGGGUUCCUAGGCGCUCCCUUUCUCAGCUGCGCCGACGUACUCGGCCGCCGCGGUGUCAACUUCCUAGGCAACGCUCUCGUCAUCAUCGCCGCCAUUAUGCAGGCCAUGGCCCCGAAUCUGGCCUGUCUCUUCAUCGGCCGUCUCGUCCUUGGAUUCGGCACGGCGCUUUGCACCGCGCCACAGUACGUCGCCGAGCUUGCGCCAGUCCAUCUCCGUGGUCGCCUCGUCGGCGUCUUUGGCGCGUGCUUCCAGGUCGGCUCGCUGAUGAUGAUUGGCAUCAUGAUGGGUUUGACGAACUGGGACAGCGACUGGCAGUGGAGGAUGGCCUUCUUCAUCCAGGCCAUCUUCCCUCUCUUCGUCUGCCUGACAAUCUACUUCUUGUGCCCCGAGUCGCCCCGUUUCCUCUACAUGCGCGGCAAGAAGGAGGAGGCCCGCCGUGUUGUGGCAAGGUACAUGACGACUGACAACGACAUCAACCAUGAGAUUGUCGACCUCAUGAUCCUCCAGAUUGAGGAGUCUAUUGAAACCACAAAGGCCGGAUUCCGUGCGACCUGGGACUUCCGCGUCUUCUUCACCCGCGCCGUGUGGUUCCGCACUGUUGUCCUUGCCGUCUAUGCCGUCUUCCAGCAGUGGAAUGGCGGCGGAAUCAUCGGGUACUACCUCGCCCCCGCGCUCGACACAAUCGGCAUCACCACGCAGCUUGCUCAGCUCGGCAUCAGUCUCGGCUCGACGGCAAUCUACUUUGUCUUCACCCUCUUCGGCUCCUACAUUAUCGACUUUUUUCGCCGGCGCACCCUCAUCUUCGCCGGUCUGAUUAGCAUGAUUUGCGCGCAGAUUGCCGUCACCAUCACGAGUUGGCAGUACAACCUCAACGAGCAGAAGACGACGGCCAUCUUGACGGUCGUCUGGAUCUAUCUCUUCCAGGUCUGCAGCGCCACCUUUAUCGCGACCAUGCACAACCUCUACCCGGUCGAGCUGCUCUCUCUGCCGCUGCGUGCCAAGGGCAUGGGUUUGUUUUCCAUGUUCCAGGCCAUCGCCGCCGUUGUACACAAUUACGGCAUUGGUAUUGGUGUUGGGAAGGUGGGGUACAAGAUCUGGGCUGUGUAUAUUGUCUACAACUUCAUCCAGAUCUUUAUUAGCUACUAUGUCUUCCCUGAGACGAGUAGGCUGAAUCUGGAGGAGAUUGAUACCAUUUUUGAGACGCCGGGAGGCAAGCCUGUGAAGCUGAGCAUCAAGAUUGCGGAUGCCAAGAGGGAGAAGAGGAAACUUGAUCGCCAGGAUGGGGCAUCGCGUCUUUGA